AUGUUCGACGAUUCCGAUGUUGAAGGUAACGACCCUGAAGGUAACGACCCUCUCUCGAACGACGGAGGAACCAUCUUCGACCGCUUCUCCUCGUCCGACGCAGACAAGAAAAGAGUCCGCCACCUCAUCAAAGACCUCGGUGGCGACGUCACCUUCAAACCCCUCAAUGAAGAAGAGUUCGACGAGCUCCUUAUCAAAUGGAAGCGCGUCGCAUCUUCCAUGAUGUACUCUCCAGCAGAGUUGAAGGAGGUUAUCAUCCUGAGAACCACCUCCGUCAACCAAGACCUCAUAGCCCGGAGAGGUCUCAUGAAUCUCCCCUUCCAAGAGUUCGUGGAUGCCUUCGCCGCGCACCUCUUCCCCUUCAGCGACGAAAUCAACCUCGUCUGCGCACGCCUGCAACAUCAGCACGGGAAAGCCGACGCCUUGCAGGUGAUAGAGGACUUCCUACUCCUCCGCUCACGCUUCAAGGCCCUCUGCCGUCGCGGAGAUAUCGCUGCGUCGACUACGGUUACUGUCUUCUACGCAAGGUCGACAAGGACAUCGAACUGCAAAUCCGGUCGGACGUCAGCUUCAAGCACCUUUCACUUCGAGACCUAG